AAGACACGGAAUGGGGAAGGAUGCUUUCAAACUUUUCAAGGCUUCUGGUUUUCUGUUUUCCUCACCCUGCCUUCCUGAGGCCUGCCCACCACCUCAUCUCUUUGGUCUCUGCCUCGUAACUCCCCUUUUAAAUGGCACUUGCCCAUUUGGGCCCACUGGUUUCCUCCUACCACCACCUUCAAAGUCAUCCCACAUUGGGUUUUAACUUUCUUUUCUUUCUCUCUGUAUGUCCCCUCUAGUCAGUUCUCUGUGCCUCACAGAUGUGCCCAGGGAAGCCCCUGCAGGUGAGUCACAGAACCCAAAGGGCUUCUUUGCGAUGCCAGAGCUCUGCAGCAGCAGGGUGACGUAGGUUUGUUACUUGGCUUUCCCCACUAAGGUGUCCUUCUUCCUUCAUUGAGCCCUGUAAGUCACUGAUCAAUGUUAGCCAUGCAGUAAAUGGGGAAAAUGACAGGCUUUCAAAUUUAGGGAGCUCUCCUGGGUAACUGAAGCAAGAUUUCCUCAACAGAGUUCCCAUUGAGAGCUGGGGCUUUCAGCGAUUGCAUCAGUGUUCCAAUGCCACUCUCAGCCAUACCUCCAGGAAUUCAUCCACCUCUCAGCCUGUUCUCCAAGUGCCUGCUUUCUCUCUAUUUACAGCAGAGAACCUACAAGAGCUCGACAAAGACCCCUCCUUAGCAGCUGUGCUACCCCUCAGUGUUAGGACUGUGAGAGCUGAAAGGCAGAUCCUUUGCCCGGCAGUGUUCCCUGGCAUGCUGAAAGGGAAUUGUGUCGGGAGGGAGGUUCCCUUUCAAUCAGACAUGAGUGAUCAUUUCAGCAAAAUGUGUUUGAGUUGCUAAGCGUGUAAAGUCCAGUGUAAAGCUCCUGAAACACACUCUGUUGCCCACCAACAGACAAGAGAGUCUUGGCAUGUCUGUGCAAGGUUGUGCACCGCAGGGGGGUUUGGUACUGCUUUGGGACAGAGGAGAACUCUGCAGGCUCGUCUUCUGCGUUUGCUGCAGAGAAGGUUGGGUUGCUCUGCGUAAAUUCACAAACCCACCUGCAGCGGCUGCCAUUGUGAUGUCAUGGGAUGUUGCCACAUCACAGUGCUGUCAAGGGAAGGUUACCCUGGUGCCUGGGAGGCCUCAGUGUCCAGAGCAGCUCUUUGGCGGGCUCAGUGCAGGAGGAUCCUCCUGAUCGAGGCGUCUCAGCCAACAGUUUGCACCCUGACGGGAGCGUUCUUUUGUUCUACUCUUGGUGUUGUACGGUCGGUGGACUUGUGCAGCACCGCUCCAACGAUGGAGCCACUCUGUGGAGCAGUUUGCACUGCUUUUUCUUUGGCCUAUUCCGGCUACUUUUUGACUCACCUGACAAGACACAUCACACGUGGAUGGAGAGAAGCCCAUCCUUUGAGCACAACACCAGCAUCAGAACCUCCUCUGGCUCUCUCUCUUCCUGAAGAUGAGGCUAAAGAGGAGGGCCAUGCCAACGCAUUUCCACGUGUUGCCACUCCACGGCCUGAACAUCCCGAAGCAGCCCUGACAGAAGAGCUUUCUGCCAGUCAGGACUCCACAGCCCAGAUGGAAAAGGUGGAGUGGCAGGAGAGGAUGGAUGGAGGGCUCAGUGUCCCAGAGCUCCUACCAAAGCAGCUGGCAGUAGCUGAGAGAAAACCCUCCUUCUCAGAGCGGGAGUUGGCAGUGGUGGAAGAGACAGUGGAGGAAUGGCAGCUCCAGAAGAAUCUGCUGAAGGAGGAGAAAGCUGACCUUACCAAGGCACUGGAAAAGGGAAGGGAGCGUGUCUAUUGGCUGCUACAGAGGCGUGGUGCUCUUCUGUGCCUCACUGAAGCAACAGCGAUUUGCCACCAGCCCAAGUCAGCUAGCAGGGGUCUGGAGCAGCUGCUCCAGGACUUCUCUUGCCAAGGGCACGCUCUGGCCCAGGUGACCAGAGAGAAGGAGUUGCUGGUGCAUGAGAGGGCUGCCCUAGAAGCCCGAGUGGCAGCCAUGGAGCGAGACCUACAAGGCCUUUCAGAGCAGCUGGCAGAGGCCAGGUCCGCGAAGGAGAGUGUGCAAUGCAGCCUCUUUGAGGCUCAGCAGCACGUUUCUCAGCUGGAGAUGGUCAGGAGUCACCUGCAACUCCAAGUUCACACAAUCACGCAGGCCAAGGAGGUGAUACAAGGGGAUGUCAAGUGCCUACGGCGUGACCUGGAAGCACAGAGAUCCCUCAUGAAGCGGGAACGGGAAGAGGUGGCACAACAGCUGCAGUGGACGGAACAGCAGUGCAGCCAAACGCUCGGGCUUUUGGAACGUGCUCAGGAAGAGGAGAAAAGAAAGCUCCUGCAAAACCAGGCAAGUGAGCUGAAAGGCCAGCGUUUGGAGAUGCAGGAGCUGCUGAAGCAACAGCAAAACCUCAUGGCAGAGGUAGAAAGGGAGCACGAGAGAACGCUCUUUGAGAUGAUGCAGGAAGCUGCCACCAUGAAAGCUGAACAAGAAAAGCUCCUGCAAGAAGUCGAGCGUGAGAAGACUGCACUGUUGGAGAGGCUCUGCCAGACUCAGGUAGAGCUGCUCCAAACCCGGCAGCAGCUAGGGCAGCUCAGGCAGCAGGUGAAAGAGGAGAGAGAAAAUGGGCAGAACAUCAAGGAAAAGCUGGAAGCAGAGCUGCAGGAAGCUCAGAGUAAGAUGAAGGCAGUGGAGAGGAGGCAAAAGGAAGAAAUGGCAAGAUUGCAAGAGGAAAUCAGUCUCCUGCUUCAGCACAGGGAGGCUCUACAAAACCAGGUCCUGCAAGAAAAGGCACGUGAGAAGACCGCUCUCUUGGAGAAGCUGUGCCGGACUCAGGUAGAGCUGCUCCAAACCCAGCAGCAGCUAGAGCAGCGCAGGCAGGAGGUGAGAGAGGAGCGAGAGAAUGGGCAGAUCUACAGAGGCAAACCUGCCAGCAAACCCAUGGCUGCAGCAGCCCCCUCUAACGAAGCCUCCACUCCCCAGCCUGAGAACUCGAGCCCCAGCAGUUCGUCCAGCUCACGCCUGGACGCAGAGCAGCUGCGAGAGCUGAGAGAGGAGGAGUCCCUGAAGCUGCUGAGGAGCAUUGUGAGUGUGGGAGAUCCACUGAAGAAAUACACUGGAUGGGAAAAUAUUGGCAAAGGGGGUUUCGGCACCGUGUACAGAGCAUUCGAUGCUGUCACGGGAGGAGAGGUGGCCAUCAAGCUAGUCAAUCUCCAUCAACAGAGAAAAGAGGAACUCCUGAAAGAAAUCCUGGUCUUGAGGGAGAAGAACCACCCCAAUAUUGUUACCUAUGUGGACAGCUACCUUGUCAGUCAGGAGCUCUGGCUGGUGAUGGAGCACAUGGACGGAGGCUCUUUGACUGACGUUAUUAGCGAGACAUGGAUGGCCGUAGGACAGAUAGCAGCUGUCUGUCGGGAGUGCCUUCAGGGACUGGCUUUCCUUCAUUCCAACCGGGUCAUCCACAGAGACAUCAAAAGCGACAACAUUCUUCUGGGCCUGGACGGAGCGGUGAAGUUGGCUGAUUUUGGCCUCUGUGCUCAGCUCACCCCUGAGCACGGGAAACGGAGCUCCAUGGUCGGGACUGUUUACUGGAUGGCCCCUGAAGUUGUGAGAAGCCAACCCUACGGCCCCAAGGUGGACAUCUGGUCUCUCGGCAUCGUGGCAAUAGAGAUGCUGGAAGGAGAGCCUCCUUACUUUAAGGAAAGCCCUUCCAUGGCUCAAGACCUGAUAGCCAGAGAAAGGACACCAAAGCUGCAGAACCCCUGGCUACACUCCUCUCUCCUGCUUGACUUCCUGAACUGUUGCCUGCAGAGGGACGAGGAGAGGCGAGCGUCUGCCCAGCAACUUCUGCAGCAUCCAUUCCUUCAAUCAGCCGAGCCUCUCUCCAGACUGGUUCCUGUGAUCAUUGCAGCGAAGCAGUCGAGGGAGUACAGGAGAUAACAAGACCAUUUCCAGACGGCUUUCUUAAGUGGGACUCAGAAUAAAAACUCGAUGGAAAGUCCCAAUUCUGCGGUUUUUGGUAUGGUCUGGAACUGGGAGAGUCUCCGUCCUUGAUCAACUCCACAGUGAACUGAACGGAACAGAACUGAACUGAAGGACGGGAGGGAGGGAGAGAGGGCUGGGGGAGGGAUGGAAG